CCGCGGCGCCAGGUGAUGGCGGCGGGCAGGCACGGGGCAGCGCGGCCCCGCCCGAGGCCGCUGACGUGCGCUCCGCCUCCCGCCAUAAAGGGGCGGUGGCAGCGGCUCCUCGGGUCUGUGUGCGGCGCCGGCUGGGCGGGAAGCUGCUCGGGCCGCGUCGGUGUCACCGUGGGAGGCUUCGUGAAGGCGGAGUUUGUUACUGUCUUGGUGCGAGACCCCAGGACACAGAAAGAAGACUCGUGGCAUUCUUACAUAGACUACGAGAUAUUUAUUCAUACAAACAGUAUGUGCUUUACGAGGAAAACAUCCUGUGUUAGACGACGCUUCCGAGAAUUUGUUUGGCUUCGGCAGAGACUUCAGAGCAACGCUGUGCUCAUACAGUUACCUGAACUGCCAUCUAAAACUCCCUUUUUCAAUAUGAACAAUCCCCAUCACGUGGACCAUCGUCGGCAGGGUCUGCAAGAGUUCCUGGAGAAGAUUCUACACAACGCGUUAUUGCUCUCAGACAGCAGGCUUCACCUCUUCCUACAGACUCAGCUAAGUCCAGAAGAUAUGGAGGCUUGUGUAUCUGGGCAGACCAAAUAUUCUGUCGCUGAUGCGAUUCAGAAGUUUGCCUCUUUGAACAGACGCUUUCCUAUAGAAGAUGAUGAGAGAAAAAAGGGAAGAAACGAUGCAGACUCUGAUUCAGAGAGUUCAUCCUCCGGGCUCGGACCUAGUGAUGACAGCGUUUCAUGUGGAUGUAAAGCAAGCCUAGCUUCUGAAGAAUCGUGAGAGAUCAGCUCUGUAUUCUUAUCCUAAGGACAGCACGAAAUGGUUUCUCCUAUGUUUAUUAGUUACGUACACCACGUGAAUGCAACUUGCUAGCAACAUGCACCUAAAAGACUUUGUGGCAACACAAUAAUACGUCUUUAUGGAGGUUUUUAAACAGACCUCGAUAUUAUUUCUUUGACUUAUUAUGUAUGCUGACUCAGGUCUGUUUUACCUCUUGCGUUUAGUUUUCUGUAACUAUUAUAAUCUCAGCAUUGGGUUAGUCAUGUUCCGCUGACUGACGUGGCAGUUAAAAUAUUUCCCUGAGCGAGUGCGCGUCUCAGAGCUGGAAAAAUAAAGAUAACUUCAUUCCUCA